CAAAGCGUGUAAAUUAACCUAUAAAAAAGUUGUCAAAUGUUUAUGAACAAAAUAAUUUUUAAUCCCCAUGUGCAUUUUACUUCGAUUAAUUUAAUUAGCUUUUUUAGAUCGAAUUUACAAUAUAAUUUUUUAAGAAAAAUGACAGAUUCGGCUACAAUAGAAGUAAAAAAACCAAAAUACGAUGGUCGAAUAAAAAAACGAAAAUGGGAAGAGAGAGUUAACUCUGACGAAUCAAAUGAAAAAAAAGUUUGUGGUGAUUUUGAAAGGAUUAAACGGCGAAAGUAUGCAAUGUUAAUUGCAUAUUCUGGUGUCAAUUAUUUUGGAAUGCAAAGAAAUCCUGGAAUGCAAACAAUAGAAGAAGAGUUAAUAAAUGCUCUAUACAAAACAAAAUUUAUAACUGAAGAAGCUUUUAAUCAAAUGCAAACAAUUCAAUUUCAACGUGCUGCUAGAACUGAUAAAGGAGUCUCUGCAGCGAGGCAAGUUGUAUCUCUUAAAUUACCUGAAAAUAUCGAUGUUCAAAAAGUCAAUGAAAAUCUACCAGCAGAUAUUCGUGUAUUUGAUUUAAAACGUGUAACGAAAGGUUUUAAUAGUAAAUCUCAAUGUGAUGCAAGAUCAUAUAUUUACGUAUUACCAACGUUUUCGUUUGCUUCAAUCGAUAAUAAAAUGACAGUAGAAGAUUGUUCUAAGUAUAGAAUUACAGAAGAUGUGUUAUCUAAAGUGAACGAGACAUUAAGUUUAUUUAUUGGUACUAAAAAUUUCCAUAAUUUUACGUCAAAGAAAAAAUUUCGGGAUCCCAGUGCAAAUCGUUACAUUAUAUCUUUUGAAUGUAGCAAACCGUUUGUUAAAGAAGGUGCAGAAUUUUCUGUUAUUCAUGUCAAAGGUCAAAGUUUUAUGUUACAUCAAAUUCGAAAAAUGAUUGGCUUAGCGUUAGCUGUAAUUCGUGGUUUAACAACAAAUGAAACAAUUGAACGAUCGUGGAGUGAAGAUCGAAUAGACAUACCAAUGGCACCUGGCCUAGGUUUAGUUUUGGAUCAAGUACAUUAUGACAGGUAUAAUGAACGGUACGGAAAGGAUGGUAUGCAUGACACAUUAGAUUGGAAAGAAGUUGAACAGCAAAUCCAAGAGUUUAAAGAAAAUUAUAUUUAUCCAAAUAUAAUUAGCACUGAAAUUAAAGAAAACAGUAUGUACUCAUGGUUAGAAACUUUACCAUACCAUACGUACGCGGUGCGUAAUGAUGAUAAUAGAGAGAAGAAUGAAGAUGAAGAUCAACAAUUGUCUGAUGAUGAAAAUAUUAACUGUAAAAAUAGUAAUUAAUAAAUAAUUUUUUAAUGUUUA